AUGUCUACAGGUUCCGUCAUUCCCGGUCUCCGCAAAGACUUGACUUCAGAGGAUGUCGCCCUCGCACGCCGGUUUCGUGCCCUCUUUUCCCUCAAACACCUCGCCUCACAGUCUCCCGGGCCAGACACCUCCGCGGCAAUAGAAGCCAUCGCCGCAGCAUUCACUUCACCCUCUGCUCUGUUGAAACACGAGCUCGCAUACUGUCUUGGUCAAACCAAAAACGCGGAAGCAGUUCCAUUCCUGAGGGCUGUCCUUGAGAACAGGUUAGAAGAUGCCAUGUGCAGGCAUGAAGCGGCCGAAGCGCUGGGUGCACUUGGGGACCGGGGAAGUUUACUGAUCAUGAAGCAAAUGAAAGAUGACGAGCAAGAGCCUGUAGUAGUGAGGGAAACAUGUGACAUUGCCAUUGAUCGAAUCAAGUGGGCUCACUCCGACUGCAAAAACGUCGAAACCCUUAAACCAUCCGAUUUUGCUUCCAUCGACCCUGCUCCUCCCAUGCCUAUUAACGAUACCCCAUCAAUUCCUGAGCUCCGGGGGACGCUGCUCGACAACUCUUUGCCGCUGUUUCAGCGAUAUCGGGCGAUGUUUGCUCUUCGAGAUCUCGCUUCUCCUCCAGACUUGCCUACUGCUGUACCUGCCGUCGAAGCCCUUGCUUCGGGCUUUGUGGAUCCUUCAGCAUUGUUCAGGCACGAAGUCGCCUUUGUAUUUGGUCAACUAUCACAUCCCGCCUCCAUCCCUGCCUUGUUCUCGGUGCUUGAAAAUGGGAAAGAGGAGAGUAUGGUUCGUCAUGAAGCGGCAGAGGCUCUUGGCAGUCUGGGUGAAGAACCAGGGGUAGAGGAGAUGCUGAGACGCUUCCUUGAUGACCCAGAGCAGGUGGUCCGCGAGAGUGUCAUUGUGGCACUGGAUAUGGCCGAGUACGAGAAGAAUGGCGAGAUGGAAUACGCCACCAUUCCUGAGUCAGUGGCUGCAUAA